AAAAAACUUCUUUUUUUAUGUGUUGCGAGGACAAGUGCACGGUGCACGGUCAAGAGACGGACGUGAUGUGAAGCUUGCCUUUGUGAAGCAAUUUUUUACUCUUAUUUCUUUUUGGAAUCAAGUUUUGUCCUCCAUUUUCUGAGAUGAACAAGAAAGAUUGUAUGAGAGUGAGGGGAUCCCUAUGAUAUGGCAAUGAAAGUGGAUGUUGGCCUUGAUAUGACGGCAGACACUGUUGGACCUGUUUCCGAGAAGGCUCGAUCUACCUGUGGAAUGGAGCAGUGUGUGGUUUGUGGAGACCGAGCUUCAGGCCGUCACUAUGGGGCAAUGAGCUGUGAGGGCUGCAAGGGUUUCUUUAAACGGUCCAUUCGUAAACAUCUGGGCUACCAAUGCCGAGGUAGUAAAAAUUGUGAAAUUACCAAGCAUCAUCGUAACCGCUGCCAGUACUGCAGGUUACAAAAGUGUCUUAAUAAGGGUAUGCGCUCUGACUCCGUUCAGCAUGAGCGGAAACCUGCAAAUGAUCGUCGAGAACGAGAGAGAGAACGUGAGCAGCGCGAAAGAGAAAGAGAGAGAGAACGUGAUCUGCUAGAUAUGAGCAUGGCAGCAGCCGCUCUUGCAUUCCCCUCAGACAGCAAGUUAUUUAUUCGUAAAGAUUUGGCAGAUGCUGCUGAAGCUGCUCUUAAUGUGGGUAUGGCUUUGACCGGUGCUGGUGCUGCACCCCCUGCUUAUCACAUGGGGGAGCUUGAUUUGUCAGCAUCCUCCUUUAGUAAAAUCUCUGACAGCUACCACAUGGCCCAAACUGAUUCCGGAGAUUGUGGUGACGAUGACUCGCACGAUGGUGAUGAGAACAAAAGCAUUAUGUCUGCUGCGUUAGAUAGACUUGCAGAAACUGUGGAGGCAGGUGGUGAGGACAGCGAACUUUCUGAUGAGGAUGAAGCUCAACUGAUUGUGGAAGGCCCUCUUGUGGUUGCGCAUCAUCUUUCUUUCUUGGCGUCUGCCCCAACCCUACCAUCUGGCUCCCCUCCAAAUGCUCAUGUUGUCUGUGAAAGUGCUGCUCGACUUCUCUUCCAGUCAGUUCACUGGGCUCGUUCUUUACCUGCCUUUCAGUUACUACGCUCCCACACUCAGUUGGGUUUGUUACGCUCUUGUUGGGCUGAGUUAUUUGCCUUGGGUCUAGCUCAGUGUGCUCGCACUCUUCGCCUUCCAUCCCUGCUCUCUGCCAUUGUUCAGCAGCUCCAAACUUCAAUGGAUAAGUUGGAAGAAGAGUGUAUGGCAGCUGCAAUGGAACACAUUUUGCGACUUCAGGAUUUGGCUGGAGCCUUCAGCCGCUUGGAUCCUGAUGAGCGUGAAUAUGCUUGCUUGCGUGUGCUCAUCAUCUUUGGAGCAGAUCCCCCUGGCAUGAGCCCCUCUGCUAGGAGGAGAUUAGAGGCAGUUCAGGAUAGAGCUUGUCAGGAGUUGAAGUCUCACAGUUCUAACGACAGAGUAUACAAGUUGCUGCUGCGUCUCCCUGCAUUACGUGCCCUUCAGCCGCCAGUGAUGGAGGAUUUAUUUUUCACAAACCUUAUUGGUCGAGUUCAAAUGGAACGUGUCUUGCCUUACAUUCUUCGAAUGCAGCCUGACAGUGAUUCAGGUAUUGAUAUUGGCUGUAAGCAGGAGCGCAGAGAUGCUAGUGAUGGGGAAGACUGAUGAUAUGCUUCAUUCACUGUUUAAUGAGUACAAUUAGUAUAGAUUGUGAAUGUGAAAAGCUUUAAGGGGAUGUGCAAAGCAUCGUCCUAUUCUUCUCUAAAGAUCAGUGAAGUUAAACACGUAGUAUUCUUUUAACAUCUAGGGUAUGUGAUGGGUAUUAUAUGAAGUUUAUGAAAAGUGGUGUAUUUUCUUGAUAUACCCCAUUCAAUUUCAUGACUUAUAAAUAAAUAGAUGGUGUGUAGAUAGCGCACCAACAACAAUACACUUCGUCAGGUCCAUGUUGACCCUUGUGGCAGAAACUGCUCAAUGAAGCACUGCUUUAAGACUUAGAACUCUUAACUUGUAACUUUCACUUCAUAUAUUUUUGUAUUUUUGCACCUAGUAUUUAUUCAUGGAUUUUUUUAAUCAUGUACCGGUAAUUUUUUUCUUUGCAAAUGGAGAUGGCACUACUUGAACUUUAGUCUCAAGAGACAUUGGUUUUGUAUGUUCGCAGUUCCUUGAUUAUUAUUUUGGCAUAAACAUAAAUGCCAUGCCUAAUUUGACUCUGUAUAUAAGCAAGAUACUUUUUAUGCUCGCAGUUAUUUUGCCCCGACUGGAAAAAAAAAAUUAAUGCCUCGUGACAAUGAACUUGUAUGGUGACUUAACAUACUUGAGAAAAAUGUGAGACUGUUGUGAUAAUAAACGUUCCAGGCUUCAAUCUCUUCUAAUUGCUUGUAAACAAGCUUCAAAUAAAACAGUUGACAGUAGAAGCGACAUAUUUUGUUUAUGUUGGGGAAUUUCUCCUGGGACCAUGUAAAUGUUGGUUUAUAAGUAUUAAGUGCUAGUACUGUAUUCAUUAGAUCUCUGAUUUUGUACUUCAUGUUGUGUUUUGUGAAAAUUGACAAUUGGUAUUCAAAAGUCAUGGAGGAAAAUCCUGAUGAUUGUUGCAUUGAAGCUGGUUUUUGAAUUGCUCAGCAUAGAGAAGGAUUUCAAUUUAUUGAACUACAAAUGUGUGUAAAUGUUUGUAUCUAAGCUACUUUUUAUCUGGGAUGGGCUUGUUAGGGAAGUAUUUGGUGAAUUUAUGAUACUAAAUUUUGUUAAGAUGUGUAUUGUAUUAAUUGAUCCGAGCCAAUUGAUGUAAGACAUGAGUGAUAGAUUUUAGAAAUCUGUUUUAAAUAUGAAUCUUUUAUGUAAUGAAAAAACUGUUUUUCUUUUUAACUGUUUAAGAUCUUAAUUUAAUUGAAGAUUUUUUUUUGUGCAUGGAAAGGUGGGAAUCUUAAAAAUAGAUUAUAUUCUGUUUUCAGUAAAUUAAAUGUAUUUUGUAUUUGUUACAUUCCAUUUCUUUGGUUUGGGGGCAGUAAAUUGCUCGCCCCCAUAAAAUUGUUUAAGUUUUUAUCAGUUACAAUAAUAUAAAUAUGCAGUUCACUGUUUUCUUUAAAAGAAAAGAACUAAUGAUACUUAAUUCUAUUGUACCUUACCUUCCAAAUAAGGACAUUGGUGACUCUUAACAGAAAGGUUUUGACUACAAUCUGUUGACUUAUGCAGUUUUUCAUUGCUCAAACCAUGGAAAUGUCUCCAUGCUCAUAGUAAACUUAAUGAACAAGCCUGAAUUUUGUUAAAAUUUUCUGUUGCUCUUAUUUGGUUUUACUUGAGAAAUCUGCAUCUCUUAAGUAAAACUGUUAAUUGCUGGGAUGUCAUAUGAUGUUUACCGCCUAAGGCACUUAUAAUAAAUAUUGGUGACUCAA